UCUGUGUGAAGGUCUCUCAUCUCAAAGUGGUAUAUAAGCAAACCGCACCAUGUCCUCAGCGCUUCAUCAUGUUCCGACUUGUGUUUGUUCUGGCCUGCAUUGGCCUGAUUGGUGCUGAAAAGCGUGUCAACCAUAAUGUGCUAAAUGAUAGAGUUGUAGGAGGGAACAACGCAAAGCCCAACACCUGGAAAUGGCAGGUUUCUCUGCAGUUUGACUCAUAUGAUGAGAACGAUUUCUACCACAUCUGUGGAGGCUCUAUCGUCGAUAGCCUCUUCAUCAUGACUGCAGCUCACUGCAUUCUCAGUAUGGAUGAAAGUAAGUACCGUGUGGUGGUGGGUGAGUAUGACCUGUCUGAGAACGAGGGCAGUGAGCAGUUCGCCCGUGUGGAAAAGAUCAUCGUCCAUCCUGGCUGGACCGGUGACCUCGGCAACGGAAAUGAUAUUGCCCUCUUGAAACUGGCUGACUCCAUCUACGACAACGGCUUCGUGGCCAUCGCUGAGCUCCCCGCCCCUGAACAGAUGCUGCCUCACGACUUCACCUGCUACAUCACCGGCUGGGGAUUAAUGGACCACUAUGGCAGCGUCCCCGACAUCCUGCAGGUUGCUCCCCUGAAGGUGGUGGAGCAUUCAGUCUGCUCCCAGCCUCAGUGGUGGGGCAGCCUCGCUCUGAAGAGCAUGGUGUGUGCAGGAGGGGAUGGAGUCAUAUCAGGCUGCCAGGGCGACUCUGGAGGUCCCCUGAGCUGCUACAUCGACGGAGCAUGGAGAGUCCACGGCGUUGUCAGUUACGGUCCAGCUGGCAGGUGCAACCAGGAGACUAAACCCACCGUCUUCACCAGAGUGUCUUACUUCAUGGACUGGAUGUAUUCGGUCAUGGAAAACAACUAAAGAACACAAUAUCACCUGUGAAAUAAAG